CAGCCAUCAAGCCCCCACUCUCCUGCAGGGGUGGGGUGGGGUCCCCAUUUGCCUGUGAGGCUCAGAAACCACCACACUGGCCUGCCAAAGGCCUGGAUGACCUCACCCAGAAUUUGCCUCUGCCCUCUUCAUUUGACCCAAGAACCAGGACCAGUGUCCCUAGUCUGACCAUGGCGUUUUGGGAACCAGGAUUCUGCCUGCCAGCUCACUCUGGGCUCAUGUCUCCAAAUGUUCAGAAGCUGUUAAUAUUUGUGCCCAAGAGAGAGGUGAUAGACAGCCCAACUUUUAGGGGGAGCCAGGCUGGUUGGAAUUCCAGGCAAAUUUGUCAAAGCUUCAGUGCAGUGCAGUGCCUUGUGUAUUGAACAGGGAUAAUGAGUAGCUGUCUCAAAAGAUUAAAGGGAGGGUUCCUGAGCCAUUUCUGGGAAGGGGGAAUACUUUGUAUAAUGCCUCACAGACAAAGCCCUUGUAGUAUUCCCUCUUGGAACCACAGGAGCAGGAAGUCAAGAAGGGGGCAAAGACAGGAGCAAGAGAUACCACUAGGUCAGCACAGGGCUUAUCUUGCAAGCAUGAGGACCCAAGUUCAGUCUCCAAAGAGGACCUGAGUUUGAUCCCUAGAACCCACACUUAAAGUCAGAGGUGAUGGUGGGCAUUUGUAAGCCAAGGAUCAGUGAGUCAGAAAUGGGCAAAUUCCUGGGACUCCAUGGCCAUCUAACUUACUCUACUGGGCAAGUUCCAGGCCAGUGAGUGACUGUCUCAAAAAGAGUGGUUCCUGAGGAACAAUACCUAAUGUCCUCUGGGCUCUGCAGACACACACACAUACACACACACACACACACACACACACACACACAUUCCCAUACACAGACAUGCAUAUAGUAAUAAUAGUAAUAAUAGGAGUAGGGAAAGAGAAGGUCCAGAAGACUAAAGGAGAGACAGAGCAGUCAGCACUCUGCCUGUCUUUUCCUCCAGCAGCCGCGCCCCCCACCCCACCUACUCUGGGUUAAGCAUAGCAAGUCCUCUGCCUUCCGGAAGUCCAUUCGGGCCUGGGUCCACUCAGCUCCUGUCGUCCUACCUACUUCUGUGCAGAGAAUGUGGAUCAACUAUUCCUCACUUACCGGCAUGCGUCUUUGCAGAGUUUGAUGGGGCGCCGGGCGGAUGACAGCGGGAACAGUUGUGAUCACUGGCGGAAUCCUAGCUACAGUGAUCCUCCUCUGUAUCAUUGCUGUCCUGUGCUACUGUAGGCUCCAGUAUUACUGCUGCAAGAAGAACACAGAUGACGAGGAUGCUGAGGAGGAAGAGGAAGAGGAGGAGCACAACCUUUCCAUCCAUCUCAGAGCCCCCACCUGCAAUGCCUGCAGUUCCCAAGCCCUGGACGGCAGAGGCAGCCUGGCACCUCUCACCAGCGAGCCCUGCAGCCAGCCGUGUGGGGUGGCCAGCCACUGUACCACUUGCUCCCCAUACAGUACCCCCUUUUACAUACGGACAGCUGACAUGGUGCCGAAUGGGGGUGGAGGCGAGAGGCUCUCUUUUGCCCCUACACAUUACAAAGAGGGGGGAACCCCAUCCCUCAAAUUGGCAGCACCCCAGAGUUACCCGGUGACCUGGUCAAGUUCUGGGCAUGAGGCCUUCACUAAUCCAAGGGCUAUUAGUACAGAUGUAUAAUCCUUUUGCCCCAAUCUGCACACACCCAACACUGUCCCAGCAGGAGCAAUGGAGUGGAGGGCACCUUCCAAUAGCCCCGCAGGAACCAUCUGAGUUUCUCUGGCUUCCAUAGCAGAGGGGUCACUAGGAUGUGAGCUAUUAAAUGCAUCGAGGACCAGGGCAGGGCCUACGGCCCGGAUGUGGCGACCUGGUAAGUCUGCAGUGUCACCAGUUUCUCUCUGGAGAUUUCCCUCUACCACAACCCCUUCCAGUCAGCCCAAACCCUUUGCUUUGUUGGGCGGUGCAAAGGAGCACCAGGGAAGGCUCAGCGAAAGCUCUGGAGGCUGCCAGAGACCUUGGGAAAUGAAGUGGGCAUGCCAGGAAGAGAUGGACACAGGGGAAAGGUGAGGACUAGACAUUCCAGAAUUUGAGAGGAGACAGAAAAAACAUGGUAAAGGAACCCUCAGCUUUGCUUGUUGGAAUGCACCCAUGGGUUAAUGUACACUCAUUUUUUUCUAACUUUUGUUUGCCUGCUCUGACAGAGACAUGAGUUCUGGAAACACUACAUCUGCUAUCUCGCCCCUCCCCAUGAAAUGCAUCAAAUUGACACUAAGUGCCAGGGGACCACAGCAAGAAGGGUCUAUACAACCUUGCCUCUCCUUCAAGCCAUUUCUUAUGCCCACUGCUAGAGAGCCUUCCCCAGACUUUAAUCACUGCAGUUCUAAAAGCCUAGUGAGCAUAUCUCAUGGAUUACCUCUGUCCCUCCAUGCUUAGCCACUGAUGUAGAUUCAGCCCUGUGAGGGUGUGCGCAUGCCCAUUCCUGGGGGAGGGGUACCCUUUCAUGUACUCAUCACCAGCAACGACAUUGUGGCUUUGCCUCCUUUAAGAGCUGCAAAGCUGAAGGGUCCAGGGUCCCAGUAAGAAAGAAAAUAUUGGCCCUCUAGCAGCUGGACCAAAAGGCAACUAAAGUGGCCAGUCUCCAUGGCAACCAGAAGGUGGGCCCUAAGGCAAUGCUGCAGUAGCAUGCACCUGCACAAGCUCCUCUAGAGGCUUAUGUACCCUUUGAGCAUUCAUCUGUGAUGUGACUUUGGGAACAGGACCAUUUUAUCCCAUCAGAACUCUUCCCUGAGUUCUGGGGCCGGGCAGUGGGGGUCCCUCUGAAGGUUUGCUUUGUCUCAUGAUGAAGAACUAUUUUUCUGUCUUCCUCUAGUCCCAAAUCCCCACACCUCCCACUUAACUAUCACCUAGCAGUGGCCUUAUGGGUUUUUAUUGUUGUUUAUUUGUUUUGUUUUGCUUAGAUAUUUUUGUUUUGUUCUGUUAAGUUCUCCAGUUACCUCUGUGGCUCAAGGGUCACUGUCCCCACUCUAAGAGUGUAAUUAAUGCUUGCACAUUCCUGACUCACACAAUGCUGGGAGGGUGGGCCAGGAGAAGGGCUGGUCUUUCUCUUGAACUCUUGGUUUGUUCGUUGGUUGGUUGGUUGGUUGGUUGGUUGGUUGGUUUGACAAAGAGUAUGCUACACCUGACAUCUCCAACUUGGUUAGAAGCAGAAGACAAUCUCUGGCCAUACUUUGUUCACUCCUUAGCCCUGGGACCAGUCAGGUAUUUUCACUGAGACUUCCAUUUUUCUCCAGGGGAAAAAAAUGCCUAGAUGGACUCUAAAUGUAUAUCCAAGACAUCUUAGAAAGAUCUGCUAGUCAUCUCUUUCCUCUCUCCCUCACCCUGCCAGGGUUAGACAGACUCUCCAGCUGUCUGAUCCUGAUACAGGGGUAUUUGUUGUGGGCUGGAAACUACAAAAGAGAUGGGAGGACGCCCACAGGGUUAGAAGGGAAUGCUAUUUCAAUCGCUGGUGAAAGGCGAACAAAUCAGACCUAGGGCUGUAGUUGGUUGAGUUCUUGACCAGUGCAUAAAGUCCAGGUUCCCAUCUCCAAAACCACAGAAACCCAGCAUGGUGGGGCACUCCUCUAAGAUCCAUCACUCAGGAGGUAGAGGAAGGAAGAUGGUGGUUGUUCAAAGUCAUCCUUGGCUGUAUAGCAAGUUCAAGGUCAACCCGUGCUCCCUAGGACCCUGUCUCAAAAACAACAACAAAAUAUUUGUCUAACCUGCUACCAAGCAACCUCAACUGACAAGUGCUGCUGCAGGAAGUCACAGUAGGAGGGUCGAUGAAAACUGUCCUCUGGUGCAAAGGGACGGUUCCAAAGCUCCAGUGCGAUCAACCCUAACAUCUCCUCCCUGGGCCGAGCGCAAUCCCUUGACUUACUGCCAGGCCUGGCAGCUCUCCCCACUUCCUCGCCACCAGCCCAGUGCCUUGCUCUCCAGUGGUUCCUUCACCCCAAAUCUCAAUGCCGUCAUCACACCAACGCCUCUGGGUGAAGCAGGACAGCCCAGUCAACUGUAACCCACUUUUGUACUCUGGCUACAAAGCACCCUUUGCCUUUGUGUGUCCUUUCUCGGCUUAACCCACACGUCAAAGGGGGAGGAGAAACACACCCUUCCCUUCAGGCCCCGUCACUGAAGGCACAGGCUCCACCAUAGGUGGUGGGUCACCUGCCCACCUGUCUCCUCACUGUUGCAUCAUGGGCUCCACCCUGGGGAAGAGAAAGCUCACCCAACUCAGCUGUCUGUCCCAUGAGACACUAUUUGUACGCUCUUCAGACGGAACCCUGACCAGGAAGAGGAGGAGGAGGGGUCGGGGAUAGCCAGUCCUCUCCACCACCCUUCCCCACAUCACUCCGCUGCUCCUGCUGCAGAUUUCUUGUCUUGCAUCUUCGAUAACUUGGAAUACAACCAAGUGAAUGUCAAAAUAAAGGAGAAAUUUUAAAUAGAA